AUGGAACCUCAACAACCAAACGAAGAUAGUAGCAGUGGCAGUAAUAACAAAAACAACUUCCUUUGUAGGCAGAGUAGCACAAGGUGGACACCCACAACUGAUCAAAUCAGAAUAUUGAAGGACCUUUACUACAACAAUGGAAUCAGGUCUCCAAGUGCUGAACAGAUACAGAGGAUCUCAGCUCGUCUGAGACAGUACGGUAAGAUAGAGGGCAAGAAUGUUUUCUAUUGGUUUCAAAACCACAAAGCUCGUGAAAGGCAGAAGAAGAGAUUCACUAUUGGGUGUGGGGAUUCUAUUCACCCCAAUUACACAGCCAUCAAUAAUCCUGGCAUUUGUUCUCCUACAUCUUCUCCACCUGGAGUUCUUGGUAUGGAGCAGAUGGCAAACACUGCGUAUGGAUCUUUUCUCAUGGAGAAGAGCUUUGGGGACUGUUCCAUAUCUAGUGGUGGUGGAGACAAUGGUGAUGGUGGGUAUAUAAGCAACAACCUUGGAUGGGCCGGCGGCGUGGAUCCAUAUUCGUCAAUGUACACUCUCUACGACAAGAGAAACUUGAUCAAUGGAGGUUACUUCAAAGAUGAUGGAGAGCAGGAUAAAGAAGGAGAUCAAGGAGUUCCUGUUAAUGGUAUGGAAACGCUUCCUCUCUUUCCCAUGCAUGGUGAAGACGUCGCCGGAUUCCGUUCCGGCAAUUCUAAUUCCGGUGACUUUCACCACAACACUGGUCGAUAUGGAGCUUACAAUGACAAAGUUAACACUGGCUGCUCUCGAACCUCGCUUGAGCUUACCCUCAAUUCUUACCGUUCCUCCUCGAUGUCGCCGGAUUCUUCUUAAAUUCGCCGGAAUUUCUCACU